AUGAGCUCGAUAAUGCGUAAGAAGACACAAGUGUCGUUUGUGAUUAGGGACGAGGAGGAGAGGCGGCAUAAAAAUGGUGUUAGUUCGCUUCAAUUGGAUCCGAUUCAGGGCAGAUUAUACUCCGCCGGUCGCGAUGGUAUUAUACGCGUCUGGCACGCGGGUACAGGAGCCCAAGAUAGAUACAUCCAAAGUAUGGAGCAUCACACAGAUUGGGUGAACGAUAUAGUACUUUGUUGCGGUGGUAAAAAUCUUAUUAGCGCUUCGUCUGAUACGACUGUCAAAGUGUGGAAUGCACCUAAAGGUUUCUGUAUGUCGACAUUACGAACUCAUAAGGAUUAUGUACGUACAUUAGCCUAUGCUAAGGACAAAGAGCAGGUAGCUAGUGCAGGUCUGGAUCGAGCUAUUUUUCUCUGGGAUGUAAACACUUUAACUGCAUUAACAGCCAGUAAUAAUACAGUAACAACAUCUAGUCUUGUCGGUAAUAAAGAGUCUAUAUACAGUCUUGCUAUGAACCCACCGGGAACUAUACUUGUGAGUGGUUCAACUGAGAAAGUAUUAAGAGUUUGGGAUCCUAGAAAUUGUUCUAGAUUAAUGAAGUUAAAAGGACAUGCAGAUAAUGUUAAAGCUUUAGUUGUCAGUCGGGACGGAUUGCAAUGUGUCUCCGGUAGUUCUGACGGCACAAUAAAGCUAUGGUCAUUAUCUCAACAGAGGUGUGUGUCCACUAUAAGAGUGCACUCUGAAGCUGUAUGGGCCCUACUCGCAACAGAAACAUUUUCACACAUAAUAUCCGGUGGUCGUGACAGAUUAGUUAUAAUAACAGAGUUAAAAAACCCUGAUAACUUUAUGAUUGUAUGCGAAGAGACCGCACCUAUAUUGAAAAUGUGCUUCACCGCAGACCAGUUAGGUGUUUGGGUAUCAACAUCUGAUUCUGAUAUAAGAUGUUGGAAACUACCACCACAUAACACCUUAUCCGAUAUUUAUAAUCAAAAUAGUUACAAUACAAAUAAUGUAUAUCAAACGCAACCAAUGUAUAAUAUACCCGGAGGCAGAGCUAUAAAACAUUAUACAGUAUUAAAUGACAAGAGACAUAUCUUAACGAAAGACACUGCCAAUCAUGUUAUGCUCUAUGAUGUGUUAAAAGCUAGUAAACUUGAAGAUUUAGGUGAAAUAGAUUACGAUGAAGAGGUUAAGAAGCGUUUCAAAAUGGUUUACGUUCCUAAUUGGUUCAACGUUGAUUUGAAGACUGGUAUGUUAACAAUACAUUUAGGACAAGAUGAGACUGAUUGCUUGAGUGCAUGGGUCAGUGCGAAAGAGGCAGGAUUAACUAUAGAGAAUGAUCAGAAGGUUAAUUUUGGUGCGUUAUUGCUGCAAGCUUUGCUGGAACACUGGAAUCAUCCGAAUAGGGCCAAUGAAGGUGGUCAAAAGGUUAUGGGCAAUAAUUUCUUCAGCGUUCCCCUGCAUACACCUUUAAUAUUCAGUGAAGUUGGCGGCAGGACAUUGUACAGAUUGCAGGUUGCAGAUGCGGGAGGUGAAACUGAAGGUAACUUGCUAAUAGAGACAGUUCCGUCUUGGGUUGUUGAUGUUGCGGUGGAAAUGGCCGCUCCUAAACUAAACAAAUUGCCAUUCUAUUUAUUGUCACAUUCCAGUUGUCAAAGCAAACAGGAUAGACAGAAAAAGGAUCGGUUGGUGGCAAAUGACUUCAUCCAAUGCCGGAAGGUGGCAGAGCAUGUGGUAGAAAAGAUAGUGGGUGGUGGUGAUGUAAAUGGUGCCAGCGGUAGCAGUAAGACCAAUGAGGAUAGUGGUAAUGACCCAGCUGAAGAACGAGUGGAACUGCUGUGCUGCGAUCAGGUUCUCGACCCUAAUAUGGACUUGAGGACAGUCCGCCACUUCAUAUGGAAGUCCAAUGUUGAAUUCACAUUGCAUUAUAGAGUGUUGAAACAAUGAAAAUCAACCUUAUAUUAUCAGAGAGUGAACAGACAUAUACAAAAGUGUUGCUCCUUCCAGACGCUAUUCCAGUGAGUCAGUGUUAAUAGUGUUAAUUUAGUGACAUAAGUAGCUUGUAACUGCAAAAAUUAGCCCCAUCUGUAUUUCUAUACAGAAAAUGUAAACAGGUGAAAAUAAGUGAAACUCUUUAUUAUAAUAGGACAUGACUAAAAAAAACGUUUCUAUGGCAUUAAAAUUGUAUUGUAUUUAAGCAUUUAUAACAUUUUAAGGUUAUUAUUGUAUUAAAUUGUUAUAUGUGACUUGUUUAGGGUUGCCAUGUAAAUUGUAAAAUUGAGCCACCUACAGCUUGUUUCUAUUUCCUUGCAUAAACUUGUAUAUGCCUUUCUUAUGCCCUUCUAAAGCAGUUGUAUGUUAAACUUAAGUAAUCUAAGUAUUCCGUAUAUGUAACUAAAAUUAAAAAGCUAAUUUAUAUGUCAAUUUGCAUUUUUGUAUGUUACGAAAUAAUUAUCUGUAAAUUUCUACUAGUGAUGGGCGUUCAACGAUUUAACCGUUUACCGUUUUUUUAUUAUUUUUUGUUUUCGCCGCUAGGUCGGACAGCGAAAUUUCUAAAUGAAAUAUAUCUAAAAGAUAAUGUCCUAUUUUAGGAGUAGAUACAUAUGAUAUAUAGGAAUAGAAAUCUGCUUUGUUCUAGCUAUCUAGAUAAUGUGAUAGAGUUCACUGGACGGACGGACGAAAAUUAGCCGUAGAAAUUUUGUCAUAGCCUAACUGUGAAUAGCUUCACUUUUACUGACUACUGAUGUAAUUUUUUUUAAUAUACAAAACACACGACGAACGACAGCUAUGAUUAUUUUGAAUACAUGACAUUCACAUGCAUGUUUGCCCUACUUGCCUACUAAUUUAAGGCCGGGAAUACACAUUCCAGAUCACGAGAUAUUGUCAGUUUCGAGUUUUUGAAUGGAAAUCUGUCAAAAAAUUAAACAUUGUACUAUCUGUUUACAUUCUAGUACGCCAGUUAAUGGCAAGUGUAUUCCCGCUUUAAGGCUACUAGAAUUUUUAAAGAAUAUAAACAAUUGUAAUUAGUUGUGUAAAAAAUUAUAUUCUUCAUCAUUUCUUCAGCCUGAAGUCAAAAUUAGUGUUUUUGAUGACUGUAUUGUUUUUAUGAAUCCACUUUUAUAUUACGAACAUGUUUUGUUUCUAUUUAAGGCUGUUUAUGUACGUAUUAUGUGUAAUGACUUCAAUUUAAAUAAAAUUGUAUAUAUUUGUCUUAGUAAUAAAUUAUUAUCUAGUGCAAUUAUU